AUUUACAUUUAUUGUCAGUUUGAUACCUCUGUCGUGUUUUUUGAAUAAGUGGAAUUAGGGACAAAAUGAGCAUUGCUAGUGUUUUCGAAAUUUUUGGACGAUUAUGGAUCAGUUUGAGACAUGGGAGGGGAUACAUAGUGGACACAAUAACAGGAUUAUCAGACGAUGAUAAAAAACUGAUCAGAGAUUCUAAAGAGGUACUACUACAGCUGUCCCUUGAAAGCGGUGGUGAAAUUAUGAUAAAGUUCUUGAAGAAAUAUCCUCAAUACCUCGAUUUCUACCCCUUCAAAGAUGUACCAAUUGAUGAACUGAAAUCCAAUAAGGCAUUUUUGGAGUUGUGUACAGAGCUGAUGAACGCUAUAGAAACGUGGAUUGGUAAGCUUGAUGAUCCUGAAGAGUUGAAACACAUCUUGGAGAAAACUGGCGAAGAAUAUAUAAGAGAGAAGAACAUAACUGACCCCCAAUAUUUUCUGGACUUUGGAGAGACUUUUGUCGAUUACCUUGUUCCACUGGUGGAUAAGAAAACGUUGAAAGCCUGGAAAAAAUUCAUGGAAUUUGCUAUGAAAACUAUGGCAUCUUCACUCAAAUGCUGAAUAAUGAACUGAAUAUUUUAUGAGAUCAAAAUGAGCAUAUUUGUAUUUAUAUAUUAUUAAAAACCCAAUU